AAAGAAGGUUUAAAUGUGAGCACAAACAUGUUCAUCCCGGGCAAUGGAAGUGUUUGGUCGAAAGAUGGGAUGCACUAAAAAGUCAGGAGGUUGUACAAACAAAUGUAAUAAAUCGACGACAAUUAAAGUUGUACCAGAAAACCGGGACCAAAACCUAUGCUCAGCUGAGAUAUGAAUGGGAAUGUGAACAUCCUGGACAAGUGCUUGAUAGGGUAUCCUUCUUUAAUAUUGUAUAUUCAUCAACAAAAGAAGAUGGUACUAACGCUCAGCCGAGUAACGAUGCUGUUCAAGCAAAAAUGGAUGCAUUGCAAAGACUUGAAGAUGCAGCUGAAAAUGAAGGCCUUGAAGUAACCCAAGAAGUUCGGAAUCAAUUCUUCAACACGGUGUUGGGCCCUGAGAAGCGUAACAGAGUGAGAGGAUAUGGUUGUGGUGCCAAUUGGGUUGAUGUUCCGGGCAUUGUUACACAAAAGAAUGGGUUGAAAAAUCAAAUUAGAGACUUGACGUUGGCUUAUGAAGCACAACGUGCCGCAAAUGAGAAUAGAGAAGCAGAUAUGGCCCAAAAGCUACAAGAAUCAGCCGAGAGGGAAGAGGCCUUGAAAAAUUCUCUUGGAGUCGUGAACAAGAAAUUGGAACAAUUGGAAGCACAAGUUGCCGCUAAUCCCUUGACACAAAUAUUUGCCGCAGCAGGAAUUAAUAUGGAUUCUCUGGACCUAAGCCGUCUCAUGACUUUCCUCAAGAAGCCGGACAAUCCUGAAGCAAGUUGUCAUUUGAAUGGCCAAACGGCUCAACAUAUCAGACAAGGCUGCCCUCCUUGUUAGGUAAACCCUAUGUCAUUUUGUAUAUUUUAACAAGGCUAGUGGCUCAUAUGUUUUUGGAAAUAUGUACAUAAGACUGUUAGAUAAACAGCUUUAGGAUCCAAACUCAGUUAGGUACGUUGGAUCUUUUGGUAGGAAACAAAUGUCAUUCUAUCUAAAAAAUUAGCUUAGAAUGAGAUUUGCUUUUGGUAUAUAAAAGCUGUGGUGUAGCCUAAGGAUGUAGCUUUUGAUGUA